AUGCUAUUUGGAGCAAUCGACCAGGGUACCUCGUCCAGCCGUUUUCUCGUUUUUGAAGCUAAAAAUGGAAAUCUUAUUGCCAGCCAUCAGAUUGAAGUACGACAGCAGUACCCCCACCCGGGAUGGGUAGAGAUGUGCCCAAAAGAGAUCUAUGAUACUGUUGUCGAAUCGAUUAAUCAGGUUGCUGAUCAACUAGCCGAAAAGAACAUCCCGAUUUCCGACCUCAAAUGCGUAGGGAUAGCAAACCAGCGAGAAACAUCCGUGGUUUGGGAUCGAGUCACCGGGGAGCCCCUUCAUAAUGCGAUCGUUUGGUUGGACACUAGAACAGCGCUGCUGGCCGAGGAAUCGAUCCAGCACACCGAUACAAAAUGCCAAGAUCAUUUCAAAACAAAAACGGGCCUGCCGAUCCACCCCUAUUUCUCGGUGCUGAAACUGAAAUGGCUGCUUCAGAACGUGCCCGAGGUUCAGGAAUGCCACAAAAAAGGCAAUCUAAUGUUUGGAACAGUGGAUUCGUGGCUAUUGUGGAAGUUCUCUGGGGUUCACGCUACGGAUGUUACAAAUGCCAGCCGAACGUUGAUGCUUGAUCUCCACAAACGAAAAUGGUCAACAGAGCUCGCCGACUUUUUCGAGGUGCCCAUCGAUAUCCUGCCCGAAAUUCGAUCGAGCGCCGAGGUCUACGGCGAAUUUCUUGAUGGUCCGCUAAAAGGUAUCCCGAUUUCCGGCUGUCUAGGAGAUCAACAGGCCGCGCUUGUUGGGCAUGGUUGUCUGCACAAAGGCGACACGAAAAACACCUACGGAACCGGGACGUUCAUGCUGUGCAACAUUGGCCAUGAGCCGAUUCGAAGCAAAAGUGGUUUGCUGACGACCGUUGGCUACCAGUUCGGUCGUACCGCUCCAGUCGUCUACGCCCUAGAAGGGUCCGGGAGCAUUGGUGGAAAUGUCAUUCGGUUCUUACGCGACAACUUUGGCUUCAUAAAGAACGCGUCUGAAGUUGAGCCACUCUGCCGGACUGUCGACUCGACAGAGGGUGUUGUUUUCGUACCCGCCUUUACCGGGCUUUACAGUCCAUAUUGGGACCCGAGCGCUAGAGGGACAAUUUGCGGCCUCACGCUCAGCGCGAACCGGGCCCACAUAGCGCUGGCCGCGCUGAAGGCCGUGUGCUUCCAGAGUAACGAAAUGCUAGAGGCGAUUGAGCAGGACAUGGGACAGACAAAGAUUACUACGCUGAAGGUUGAUGGCGGCAUGACGGCCAAUACACUUUUCAACGAGCUACAGGCAGAUAUUAUUGGGAGACGAAUCGACACUCCGAGCAUCCACGAAGUGUCGGGCUGGGGCGCUGCCGUGGCGGCUGCUAUCGGUGCCGGGCUCUUGAAGGCAGAUGACCUCGAGAUGAAGCAGACGGUCCGCUCCUUCAAGCCACGCAUAAACGACGCGGAACGGUGCCAUGAGAUGCACAGAUGGCGCGAAGCCGUGAACAGGGCUUGCGGUUGGGCGGUCUACGAGGAGACA